CUGCGCUACGUAUUUAACAGCUAUCUUCCGGCGUAGGGAAUGACGUUUAUCUCUCUUGCCGGUGACCUUCUCUAGUGCUGCUGAGGUGUAUAGAAAGAUGACUAGCCGUUUUUUCACUGCAUGGUGGUCCAAGGUGAGGCCAUACUACACUCAGGCUUACCAAGAGGUGUGGGUUGGCUUGGGCAUCAUGACCUAUUUGUACUACAAACUUUCAUAUGGUGGCCGUAAGAAGGCAGUUCAAGACAAGCACUCUGGACAUCACUGAGGCAGAAUGUUUGAACCUUGCUGUAAAUAAAUUGGUCUGUCAUGAUCAACGUUCACUGCUGAAUACUCCAGACAAAGAACUGUUGUAUAAUUUACCCAUUUUUUGCUGCAUCAUACAGUAAAAACAAAUAUUUCACACAAAAGGAA